AUGUCAGCCAACUACGAUUCCGACGACGCACUCCGCAAAUCGCCAGGCCUUGAACCAUUCCGUCCGCGCGCCACUCCCUCUGUUUCGCCGCCCCCCAUAGUGACCCACCACGUGCCCCUCUGUACGACUAUUCAGAACGUCAGUCCAUCCUCCUCGAGACGUCGCAAGAAGUCUAAUCGGAGAAAGACCAGGCCCAGCCAGGGCGACUUCGUCCUCAUCAGGGUCAUGGAUCCGAACCAGCCCGAUAUAGCGCGGCAGGUGGGUGAGCGGGCGCUCAACUCCGAAUCGGGCUCGGAGAUGGAAGAUGAAGAGAUGGAGAACAGGAGUCCGAUCGAGGUAGCGAGUGCCGAUCAUGCGAAUCACCCGAGGUCGGAUGGGGCGUCUCUGGACUUGUCAAGAGUGGCGCAGAGAGCCCUGAGCGUAGAUGCGACGACACAGCAUACGUUCGCAAAACCACCGCCGCCGUUGCAUCGAGAUUCGGUUGUCGAGCCGGACGGCCAUGAUGCACUGCGCAAAGCCAGCUUUGCGUCUCAGGCGACGGAUACGUCGGGGAAUGGCUCGCUGCUGUCAGUCAGCGAUGCUCUCGCGAGAACUCGGACGCUGAGUGUUUCCGCCACCUCUGCAUCGUCGAGAGAAGAGCGCAAUGGCUCGAUUGCAAACGGCCAUGCAGACUCUGGCUCAUCAGGGAGGACUCCAGAUCUCCACGAUCUAGCCAUACCGUCCCGGAGCGGCUCACCCAGCCAAAAGCUCCCGGCACUCCAAACACCACAGUCGCCGCCUCAGAACGGUGCAGCAGCCUCACCUAAUACCCAGAAGCAACAACUCCCAGGUUUCCGACACCUCAGCGAUCUCGCAGAAACAGCGAUACAAGAGCAGGAAACAAGGAAUAACAGCAUCGCACACCGCCAGUCCAUAUCCUCGACCGGCCAGUCGCCUACAUCGGUUGGCCGCCAGCUCUCUGUUACAUCACUCUCCCCCAACAGCACAUACGGCCCGCAUAGCGCGGCCUCCCCCAACGGCGACCCCCAAUCGCAGUUCCAGACUCGCGACCCCUUCCUGCGGUCAGGGCAUGGGCAUCUCACGCUCUUCGCCAACACGCGGCGGCCCUCGCAAGCGUCAGAUUCGGGUCCCUACUCCGCGACAACACUGCACUCCGCCACGACAGAGAACAGCUAUAGCUCCGAGGGCGUGAGUCCCGGCGCGCAGGUCACGCCCAUCGAGAUGCGCGGCGGGCCAGGCGGACGUCUGAGCAUCGACGGCGCCCUCGCAAGUAGGACGCUCCCGCCGCCGCCAGGCGUAGGUGCAAACAUCGGCUUAGUCCCCAGCCACGGCAGCGGCGGCUUCAAAUGUGACCACCCCGGAUGCACAGCAUUACCCUUCCAAACGCAGUAUCUUCUUAAGUACUUCCCCCUUUCUUCCUCCUCUCUCCUUCCCUCUCCCCCAAUGCUAAUGCUAAAUAAAGCUCCCACGCAAACGUCCACUCGCAGUCCCGCCCACACUACUGCCCCGUGA